CUGAUGCAGGGCUCGAACCCACGAACUGUGAAAUCAUAUGACCUGAGCCAAAGGCAGAUGCUUAACUGACUGAGCCACCCAGGUGGCCCACAAACCCACACUCUUUCUGCCAGCAUGUAACCUGAGCAAACAUCUGGCUGCCUUGGGUCAGAGGUGCAGGAAUGGACAGCUUUGUAUAAAGCAGGUGGUUCGCUCCCAGAGGCAGUGGUCCUAUGGCCCCACAUGUAAAAAUCAGAGCCAUGGAUGGUAAGCAAGGCCUACAGCCUCUUUUAAGAUUUCUCAGGUGGUGAACUUUUCAUUUCUAAGGCAAUGACCUCGUGAAAAGGUGCUAAAGGCCUGCUGAGGUAUGGGCACAUCUGCCCAAACGUAACGUGAAGCCUUCUGGGCCGAAUAAAAGGGAAUUCACAAUCUUAGAAUCGACAAGUUUAUGCCAUUAAAGUCUCUAACAGCCUGGAAAUGCUUCUCAGUAAAACUACGUUUCUAUGAAUUGUUUCCCCGGAGUGGCUUUUAUCUUUAAAAGUUGAUAUUUCAGGAGGCCAGAAGAAUCUGUAAUCAACUUGAAAGCAGCUGGGGCAUAGCAGAUAGUCUGGGAGGAGUGAAAGAGACCAUUGAUUUAGAAACCCAGUGAUGCUUUCCUGAUUGGGGCAGGAGCGGUUCCCAGGUGGGAGAAAGGGUGGCUGACUUCGCUGAGUGCCCUGUUCUGGGGGCCUGGGCAGGAGCCUGCGGGCAGGGAUUAUCCUCCCUGGAUUCUGGGGGCAGGUCCUGUUCAUUAUUCUGGGUCACCUGACCCCCACCUCCAUCAAUAGGAGAGGCACAGGCCAGGCUACAAUUUUUGUGAUGCUUUUAGUAAAGUAUACAUGUGUGUGUGUUUGGCCUGGAGUAUAAGUCAGCACUAAGUUUGUAUCUCAUGAUGUAAAUAAAGUAGAGCCUUCUCCCAGGUCCCGUCACCACAGAACCCAACUAUCUUCAACAAAUGGCAGGGAUUACCUACUCCUGAAAUAGAAGUGGUGUUGUUAUUCAUUAUUUGCCUCUUCACAUGCUGAGUUAAUCUUACAUCGACGUGAGUGGUGAUACUGACUUAUUGGCUGCAUUUCACAAGACUUCCUUUCAGGAGAGAUUGAAAGGCAUCCCGUUCUCAGGGCUGUAACUGUAGAUAUCCAUUUGGAGAGCGAGCUGUACAGCUGUGACUGUUCUUAUCUCCCCCUCUGUGGUUUCUACAAGCAAUGACGAAAUCCUUCCUCAUCCCGAGGAGAGUGCCUAUUGUAGCCUCUUUAGGACAGAUUUCCCCGAGCAGUUAAAACGUAGCAGUACUAGCUAAAGUUGCUGCUUCUCAUCCUUCUUGUGGCGUGUUCCAGACCUGGCAUGAUAGGAGGAAAGCAGCAGAAGCCCUGACACCUUUCUUGUGAAGACCCGUCAGUAUAGCAUUGUGGCUUAAAGUCACCCAGCUGCCGUAGAAUCCAGAAGCUUCACUCCAGCCCUUGGCAGGGCAAACAUUUUGCCCACAGUGGAAAACCUGAAGGGGAAACAAAUGUCAAAAGCCCCUGACUAAACAUGUGUUUUGCUGCAGAUUAUAGAAAACCCUCUCAAAAUGGCAUGAACACGUGAAGGGUGGAUUUGUCUCAGAACAAGAAGGGACAGGUCUGGCUCUUCUCAUUCAUGAUGAUCCUGCCCAGGCAUCCACAAACUUCUGAGAAUGGCAUUCAGGAGGGGGACCAGGAAGACUGAGUCCCCGUCCUACCAAUGAUAGCCCUCCUCUUGGGCUGUGAUUGCCUCCAACCACUGUUCUUCCACUAGAAUCAGAGCCCCUGGAGGCCAAAACUGUAUUCUGUUCACUGUUGUAUCUCCAGGAACUGGCAUAUAGUAGGUACUCAAUAAAUAUUUGCAGGAUAAGGAAUGAUUGAAUGACUGUGUUGUUAUAAUAUUACGAAUACCUAAACUACACCAUGGGAGCCGCUCAUUCAAUGUUUCUUUAAGUGGUCCCUGUAGGAGGGAGAAUGUAACUCUAGCUGAUGGGUUCCGAGAACAGUUCAGGGGAGAGUCAGUCAGCAUUUGGGCCAGUCCUCCUGACGGGAUUUUGAAACACGGGCACGGGGAGAUGAGAGUACAGACUAUUCAGGGAGAAGUCACAGCUGAAGGGUAAUACUAGGUUUUGGAGAAAGAUUGCUGCCAGGUAUGACUGGGAAACACGGGGUUAAAUAAACUAGAUUGUCCAUAACAGUUCUCAGAGCUUUUAACAAUGCCACUGUGACUCCAGGCAGCGUUUCUUAAACAUUUGGCCUUGGGACCCUUGCAGAGCAUUUUAUGGAAUGAAUUUUCCACAGAACACAUCUUGGGAAACACUGAUCUAGCUCGGUCCCACAUUCAGAGACAAGGAAACUGAGACUCAAGAGAAGUGGUUUAGCCAGAGCCACAUAGCAGAACCAGGUCCCUUGCCCACCAAUAUAAGGCUCAUUUGUAAUACGAAGACUGCGUAAUAAAAGACAGCUUCUUCGUCACGGGGAACUUUUUAUUUAUCUAUUAUCCAAGCAACAAACUCGGUGCUAAACAUUUCCCCCAGUUUUGCACAGUGGUAUUUUAUAUUCAUCACCAUGACUCUCAGCUGCCAGUCACAGCCAUUGUGUGUGUGGCCUCCAGACUCUUGGGGAGAAGGUUCACCUUAAAUCAGUCCCAGGUUUGCCUCGAGGGCAAAGAAAAGAUUUUCUCCUGCAUGGCCAUUUUUAGGGAGAUCCAGGACCGUUGCAGUUUACAACCUGUGCCUCUCUUCUCAGGUGUUCCUGGUCCCCAGCCCUUACAUCUGCUGAGGUAGGCAGAGCGGUGCCCCAGCCUUGUCCGCCUCCAAAUCCCUGGAACCUGUGAAUAUGUUACCUUACAUGGCAGAAGGGACUUUGCAGAUGCAAUUUUAUGUCAUGGACUUAAAAGAUUAUCCUGGAUUAUCUGGGUGGGCGCAAUCUAAUCACAUGAGCCCUUAAAAGCAGAGAACUUUAUCUGGCUGGAACAGAAGUGAAGCCACAGGAGGGCAAGUCAGAAUCGCGGUGUGCAGAAGACUCCAUGCUGUCUUUGAAGAUGAAGGGGGCAACAGGACAAAUAUAGAUGGCUUUAAAUUGCUGAGAAGAGGCUCCUUUGUGACAGCCAUCAAGCAGAUGGAGACCUGAGUCGUGAUGUCUUUCCAGUGCAAAUGAAUCCAAUAGCUCAAUCUCAGUUUAUACCUUUGGCUGAAGUUCUUUGCUGUGCUAUAUCUGAUAUGAAUGUUGCUCAGAUUGUGGUGACACAGGAAUCACUAUUGGAGCAUUUGAUGAAACAUUACCCAGGCAUCGCAGUUCCACCUCAAGAUAUUCUCUAUACCACUCUGGGAACUCUGAUUAAAGAAAGGAAAAUUUAUCACACUGGAGAAGGAUACUUCAUAGUCACUCCUCAGACUUACUUCAUUACGAAUAUCACGCCCCAUGAAAAUAAGAGAGACCUAUCGGAUGAAAGCUGCCAGAUGCCAACUUGCGUUACUUAUCUGGUGAGCGUGGAGGGCUGUGCAGAGUUGGCCCAAGAAAAGGCUGCCCCCAUUUCUCACUGUCAGUCUUGCCGGUGUUUCCCUGAUCUGUGCACUCAGGAUGUACAGGAAACACCGGCUGCUGAAGUGACUAGAAAAAGCCAGAAAGGUCUGCGGGAAUCCAAAUCUUUGGGACAGAAUCAAGCAGUUUCCCUGUCUGAGGGGAAUCACGUCUGUGAAAGCACCAAACCUUUACCAUACACAAAAGACAGAGAAAAAGGCAGGAAGUUUGGCUUUAGCCUCUUUUGGCGUAGUAUAUCCAGAAAGGAGAAGUCCAGAAUAGAGCACAGUAGUUUCUCUGCCCAGUUUCCACCAGAAGAAUGGCCUGUUCGAGAUGAAGAUAACUUGGACAAUAUCCCUCGAGACAUUGAACAUGAGAUUAUCAAACGAAUUAAUCCCAUUCUGACUGUUGACAAUUUAAUCAAACAUACCGUCCUAAUGCAAAAAUACGAAGAACAGAAAAAAUACAAUAGCCAGGGCACUUCCACUGAUCUGCUGACAGUCAGGCAUAAAUAUCCUUCAAAAGAGGGAGUUAAGAAAAGACGGGGCCGGUCUGCAAAGCCUCGAAGGCGGGGCCGUUCUCAUAGGGAUAGACACAAAGCCAGGAGUCAGGGAAGUGAGCCUCCUCCAGGAAGCCUUAGACUGGAGAAACAUCCCACGUCCCCUGCUGCACAGCCCACCUCCCGAAUUCAAAGCCCAAAUGAAGCACUAGUUCCGAAACCACUUGAUGAGAAUCCAUCAAUGCUAGGUUCCCAUUUGCUUUACAAGAAGCGAAUUAGUAAUCCUUUCCAGGGUUUGUCUUACCGAGGGAACCCAACAACCAAAGGGCACGACAUCCAGACCAGUGAUCUGAAACCGGGUCAGAUUGGACCAAAGGGAAAGCCUUUCCAAAGGUCAAGGUCUUUGGAUUCCUCAAGAAUCUUUGAGAGUAAAGGCAAACAGCCAUGUGCUGAACAGUAUGAAGAUAAACUGACAGCAGAAUCCAUUUCUAUGAAUAAGUCUACAGUCAAGCCUAUCAGUGAUGACUUUAGAGAUCCCCUCUUAAAUCACUCUCAAGGUAGUGUUUUGCAAAAUGGUAGUAAAUGUUUUUCCUUUAGGGAAAGCCUGAGGAGACACGAUGUGUAUGGUGGAAAAAAUGAGGUAAUCCCUGAAGUCUUGAGGAAAAGUUAUUCUCACUUUGACGCAUUAGGGGACGCAAAAGAAACACAGUAUGUGCUGCCAUCACAAGGUUCCUCCUCUCUAGGCCAUGCUUCCUCUGCGUGUAGACUAGUUGAUAAAACAAUACACCAGUUCCAAAAUCUUGGUAUUUUGGAUUACCCAGUUAGUAUGAACUGUUUGAGACAACCUGAGAGACAAGAGGGAGACUCAGAAGAAACACGAGUAAGAAAGGCAUUUGUCCAGGAAACAAAGACUGUGAGUCCAGAAAACGAAGGGCUUUCUGAGGAUAACCAGGCCUUGUAUCAGAAGGAACUGGAAGAUGAUGAUGGAGCCUGUAGUUCAUUAUAUCUAGAUGAGGAGGACUUUUCUGAGAAUGAUGACUUAUGUCAAAUGCUGCCUGGCCGCAUUCAGUAUUCCUUUACAGGGGGAAGCAAGUGGAAUCAUUUAGGAAAACAAAAGGGGACUGAAAGAUUUCUGACUGAGUACAACCGCAGAAUACACAGGUCUGAGCCUCAGGUGCUUAAAGGAAAUGAGUGUUACAAACCCACUGGGUUGUUCACUAACUCAGGUGAAAGCCAAACACCUAAACUCUCUGCUGAAAGCUGUGGCCUCAAUUCAGGGACUCGGUCCAGUUUUAACUAUGAAGACGGACCCAGUGUUGCUACAUGUGUGCAAGCCUUAGCAGAUACUGAUGGAAGUGUAUUUGAUUACUAUAGCACAAGGAAAGCCACUUCUGAGACUGAAAACCUACAAGACUUGGUUGGUGACAUAGGAAAGAAACCAGCUAGCUGGAGUCAGGGUGCUCAGAAUCAGGAAGUGAGAAAACAGUUCAUGCAAAAGUUAGAACUUUUCAGCCCUUCACAUAUGCCAGUGUUGGCUCAGGAUGUCCAACAUGAACACAGUCAUCUGGAAGGAACAGAAAAUCACAGCAUGGCGGGAGACAGUGGAAUAGAUUCUCCACGGGUAGCUGAGGUGAAGAGAUCAGGAAGAGAUAAAGAAAUGGCUUUGAAAAAGAACGCUAACCAGCCAGCACCAGUGGCGGAAGAAAAGAAGUAUGCUAAGCAAUCAACCUUUUGUAUUGUCGAAAGGUUUCCAGUUUUGUAUGAGGUUGUAAUUUAGGGGCGGUUAAUCUCCAAUAAAAUAAAAUCCUUUUAUUCACUGCAA